AUGUCAGCCCCUCCUAACAUCCCGAAAAUGACUUACCGUCUACUGGGCCGAUCCGGCCUUCAGGUUUCGGCUAUAUCAUUGGGUGGCUGGCUCACAUAUGGCGGGCACGUUGAUAAUGAAAAAACAUUCGCAUGUAUGAAAGCUGCCUACGACAGCGGUAUCAACUUCUUCGAUUGUGCUGAGGUCUACGCAGAGGGGAAAUCGGAAGAAGUUAUGGGUGAAGCAAUCAAGAAAUUCGCUUGGAAGCGAAACGACCUCGUGAUCUCAACAAAGAUCUAUUGGGGCACUGCUUUUGGUGAUAACCCUGUGAAUAACAAGGGACUCAGCCGAAAACAUAUUAUUGAGGGCAUGAAUGCUUCCCUAUCUCGCCUGGGACUCGACUACGUGGACUUGAUCUAUGCCCAUCGCCCAGAUAGAUUAACCCCGAUGGAGGAGACGGUCCGCGCCUUCAAUCAUCUGAUCAACACUGGAAAGGCGUUGUACUGGGGCACAUCAGAAUGGAACGCGGAUGAAAUUGCUGAUAUAGAAGCUAACGUUAUAGCAGCAGCAUGGCGUCACGCAGAUAGGUUAGGUCUCAUCGGCCCAGUCAUGGAGCAACCGCUUUACAAUAUGCUGGAUCGAGAGAAAGUGGAGAGGGAGUUUGCGCACUUGUAUCGGGAAGUUGGGCUAGGAUUAACCGUCUUCUCGCCGAUGAAAUCGGGUAUCCUCACUGGCAAGUAUCGGGACGGAAUCCCCUCAGACUCGCGAUAUGCUCAAGAGUCUGUCGAAUUUAUUGCUGGGUUCUGGAGGCGAACGGGUAAGGAGAAGUGGGAUGGUAUUAUCGAACAGGUGAACAAACUGGAGCCCAUCGCGAAUCAGCUCGGCAUCAAGCAGAGCCAACUAGCUCUUGCGUGGGUUCUAAGGAAUCCCAAUGUGAGCUCAGCUAUAACAGGAGCGAGCAGUGCCGAGCAAGUCUAUGAAAAUGUACAAGCUCUUGAAGCUAUAGAUAAGCUCACGCCGGAAAUCCUGGCUAAGAUCGAUGAGAUACUAGGGAACAAGCCGCCGGCGAUUAUUGAACGAUUUUAG